AAGAUUCUAUUUCAAUCGUCGCUACUAGUAAUCGCUGCUAAAUCAUCACUGCUAAUCGUCGCUGCUAGAUAAUGCUACAAGCUAUUUGUUACCGUUCGCUAUAAGCUAUUUACUACCGUUAGGAGCGAGACCAAAAAAUGAGACUUGCGUGGAUGCUGGUCAUGUCUACGGUCGUACUAGCCACAGAUGCUCAAAAUACCGAAGGCUUCAGGCCCUGCCAAAUUCAACAGCUGAGAGGGAAGCUGCGAUGUGUUGUACCGAGAGAUUACAACAUGCGUCCUGGGGAUUGCCCUGGUAACGACAUCUGGUCCCUUUACAGAGAUCGUACAACCUUGAAGGAAUGUGCACGAUUGUGUUCCACAUCUCCCAGUUGCCAGGCCUUUAUGUUCUACAACAAUCACCGAUGCUACCCCAAGACUAAAACCUGUGCCACUGCAACCAAGACCAACCCCCUAAAUAUGUUUUAUGACAAAGUCCCAAGAGGCUUUGCCAUGAGACCUGGUGAUUGUAGCGGCAAUGAUAUCUGGUCCAUCCACGGAUUCGUCUCCUUGAUGGAGUGCGCCAGACGCUGCAAAGCAAACCCUUCAUGUGUUGCAUUCAUGUUCUAUGAUGGCCGCGAAUGCUACCCUAAGACCAGGACAUGUCGAACGACAGAUACAGCUAAUCCUAAGAAUUUCUUCUACGAUAAGAUAGCCUUUUUGAAAGUAUAACGUACAGUUGUAGCAGCUGUCGGAAGAGAUAGAACGAACUAGCUGACAAACCACAAGAAACUCACACGAAUUUUAGUUCUCAAAAUAUCUGGCUUCGGCCAUGCGAUAAACCGUGUUAGUAUAAUCGCUUUAGUGUAAAAACCCUCCCUGAAUGUCAACAAUGGUACUUGUUUUUUUUUCUUUGUCUGGGUCAAGGUAGUUAGUUUUUGUGACAAUGUUCUUCUUUACUGUUGAGUAAAGUAGUCAGAUAAAGGUUUUUCCACCAGAAUAGGGGGUAUCAUCUACUUAGAAAUCCAGUGGAAAAAAUGGGUUGUUUAACUCAAUAAACCUUCCACAGCAAAA